GUUUUUGAAGAAUUUGUCAAUCUACCUAAUCUUCACAUUAAUUUUCAUCUUUGCCUCCAUGCUCGCACAUACGCAACAUUAAGAAAUACUCAAGUAGGAAUAAAAGAAACAGUACACAAGAUAUUUAAAUCAAUGGUACCAAAUACCAAUCGCAAAGAAGUAGAUUUGGAUCUAUUGAAACGUUAUAAUACAAGUUUUGCAAUUCGGCAUCUCACAGAUGAUGGAAUAGAUAAAAGAUUUUCACGAUCUCAUGAUGGAUACACUGGAUUAAAAAAAAGCGCCUGUGAAAAGUUAUUCAACAAUUGGUUUGUUACCAAAGAUAGACUAUUUGAUGAAACAGACUAUAUCGAUGAGAAAAGAAUUUCUUUGAAAAAUAUCAAAGAAUUCGUCAAGUUUUUUCCAUCAAAUAGUCAUUUUAAAACUGAAUUAUCUAUAUCAUAUAAUGAAAUUGGUCUCCACGCGGCAUUAAUCAAUUCAUCAAUAACUUGGUAUGAAAUGGCGUCCUAUGUUACAGAAAAUGCUUUUGGAAAUAAAGAAAAGUUUGAAGAAAUUAAUCAAAAUCACGUUAUUUUAAAAUGUCCACUUUUUAGGCUUCUUUCUGCAAACGAUCAACAGUGGAGAAGAAUUUUUUUGAUAACUGUUAUUGAUCAAGCAAAUAAGAUUCACUUUGUACGCAAUGAGAUAGAUGAACAAGAGGAAAAUGAAGAAAGUUGUUGGAUUAAAAAUGAGUUUUAUUUUACUGCUGUAUAA